CCUGCCCCAGCUGAGCCCCGGAGCUCCACCGUCAGCCGGCCCCACGCUGACCCAGAAGCCUCCGAAAAUGAGCCGAUCGCAGGGGCCCGUGUCGUUCAAGGACGUGGCCGUGGGCUUCACACAGGAGGAGUGGCAGCAGCUGGAGCCGGUGCAGAGGAGGACUUACCGGGAGGUGAUGCUGGAGAACUACAGCCACCUCGUGGCCGUGGGCGGUGACGUCUCCAAGCCACGCGUGAUCGUGAAGUUGGAGCUGGGAGAGGAGCCAUGGCUGGCGGACAGAGAGCUUCCCUGUCUGAGUCCUCUAGACGCCUGCAGAACCCGUGACCUGCCAGCAGGACCCCACGCACCUGAGGACAGCCAACACGUGGCUGAGGAGAGAGACAGCACAAUUGAUAAAACUCAGCAUGCUAACACAGGCCCUGCUCCUGCGGGCGCAGCAGGGCACACAUGCAUUUCAUGUGGGAAGGGUUUCCAAUCCACCACGGAGUUGAUCAGCAGUGAUGGGAGCUAUGCGUGGGAGAACAGUGAGGCAUGUGAUGGGUGUGGGACAGGCUGUCCUGGGCAGAGGCCCUGGGACGGCACCUGCCCUCGUGACCUGGAGCGCGGCCUGCAGAAAACACGGAUUUUGGAGAAGGCCUUUGACUAUAACGAGUGCUUAGCAGCAGCCCUCGGUGAUGAAGCCAUCCUCCUCACCCCGAAGAGCGGCUGCGCGGUGGCUGAGCCCUGUGAGUGGGGGGGUGCCUCACCAGGGCUGCUCCGGGUGCCAGAUAUGGACACGUGUGCCCAGUCCCAGGUGGAAAUUAAGCCCUUUGAGUGUGCCGAGUGUGGGAAGUCCUUCUGUAAGAAGUCCAAGUUCAUCAUCCAUCAACGGGCGCACACAGGCGAGAAGCCCUAUGCAUGCAGCGUGUGCGGGAAGUCCUUCAGCCAGAAGGGGACCCUCACAGUGCACCGGCGCUCACACCUGGAGGAGAAACCCUACAAGUGCAGCGAGUGCAGCAAGGCCUUCUGCCAGAAGCUGCACCUCACGCAGCACCUGCGAACGCACUCAGGCGAGAAGCCCUACGUGUGUGGUGCGUGUGGCAAGACCUUCUGCCAGAAGACGCACCUCACACUACACCUGCGGAACCACUCUGGGGAGAGGCCCUACCCAUGCGCUGAGUGCGGGAAGUCCUUCUCCCGCAAGUCUGCCCUCAGCGACCACCAGCGGACACACACCGGGGAGAAGCUCUACAAGUGCGAAGAGUGUGGCAAAUCCUACUACCGCAAGUCCACCCUCAUCACACACCAGCGCACCCACACAGGGGAGAAGCCCUACGAGUGCAGCGAGUGCGGAAGGUUCUUCUCACGCGUGUCCUACCUCACCAUCCACUACAGGAGCCACCUGGAGGAGAAGCCCUACGAGUGUGCCGAGUGCGGGAAGACCUUCAACCUGAACUCGGCCUUCGUCAGACACCAGAAGGUCCACACUGAAGAGAAGGCCCACGCGUGCAGAGCAUGCAGUCAGCUGUCCGCUCUGUCCUGUGUCACCCACCAGCAGACAGCCUGCUUAGGAGAGAAACCCUACGAAUGUAGCGAGUGUGGGAAAAGCCUCCAGCCCCUGGCAGCCCGCAGCGGGCCCCAGGCGCCAGCCCAAGGGGAGCAGUCCUACGAGUGCAACAUCUGUGGGAGGGCCUUCUCGGACUUGGCACGCUACACUGUGCAUUACAGGAGCCACUCGGAGGAGAAGCCUUAUGGGUGCCCCGAGUGUGGGAAAACCUUCUCCCACAACUCCUCGCUCUUCCGGCACCAGCGGGUGCACACGGGCGAAAAGCCCUUCGAAUGUUACCAGUGCGGGAAGUUCUUCUCGCAGAAGUCCUACCUCACUGUCCACCACCGCAUUCACUCCGGGGAGAAGCCCUAUGGGUGCAGCAGGUGCGGGAAGGUCUUCUCACGCAUGUCCAACCUCACCGUGCACUACCGGAGCCACUCGGGCGAGAAGCCCUAUGAGUGCCACGAGUGCGGGAAGGUCUUCUCCCAGAAGUCCUACCUCACUGUCCACUACAGGACCCACUCCGGAGAGAAACCUUAUGAGUGUGCCGAGUGUGGGAAGAAGUUCCAUCACCGGUCUGCCUUCAACAGCCACCGGAGAACCCACAGGCCAGGGAACGGGGACGUGCUUGCCAGGGGGGACCUCUGAU